UUUUCCGAAUUUUCGAUGGGUUGGCCCAUGAUCCAUGAGCAAGCCCAUCAAAACUUGCCUUGGUCCUUUCUAGUCCUUUUGGUUGGUCUUUCUUCUUCUUCACCAACAGGACUCCAAGGCCGCGUGAGCAGUGAGCUUCUUAUGGGACAAUGGCGGAGCUUAGCAAAGGAGGCAAUGGAUCGAGGUUUAAUUGUAGCAAAUUUCUGCUCCCUCCUCCACAUAACCAACACCUAUCUCUGCUCCUGCAACCUCGUGCACGGACCUAGUAUGCUCCCUACCUUGAAUGUAACCGGCGACGUGGUAAUCACUGAACACGUGUCCCAUCGGCUUGGGAAGCUGGGUCGCGGCGAUUUAGUAUUGGUCCGCUCGCCGGAAAACCCUGGAAAAAUAAUGACCAAGCGCAUUGUGGGCAUGGAGGGUGAUCGAGUCUCUUACUUUCUCGACCCAAAUUUCGGUGAAAGGUGUCGAACUGCUGUGGUCCCCAAGGGGCAUGUUUGGAUUCAAGGGGAUAACAUAUACGUCUCCAAUGAUUCACGACAUUUUGGCCCUGUACCUUAUGGCCUUAUUCAAGGAAAAGUGUUUCUCAGGGUAUGGCCCCCUGAUGGCUUUGGACUCCUGGGGAAUGAUUGAAGGAAGUAUAGAUUUAUUUAAGGUAUACAAUAUGGAAAUUACUUGUAUUCCUAAUGCAUGCCUUUUAGUUUUUCUUCCCUGUUUCUAUUAUAAGAAGGUUGUUACUUCACUUUGAAUGGGAUGAAACCCAUUGAUUUUAUAAAUGAGAAAAGUAUUAUUUCAUGAUUUA